GAACAACAGAUGUCACACGGACAUUUCACUUUGGAACCCCUACAUAUUAUGAAAAGGAAUGCUACACACGCGUCUUGAUGGGAACAGUUGAUCUCGCAAGUGUUAAAUUUCUGAAAACUAGUUUUGGACCCUAUGGUAAGAGUACUUUGUGAAAGAUUUCAUUGAUAAAAUUAAUUCAUAUGAUAAAGACCCACUGUUUGUGCCUACUGGAGCCCCGUUGGACGUGUGGUAUUCACAUUCCUUUAUUUAUAUUACUUUCAAUGUGGUUGAGCCUGCUGGGACCCCAUUGAACCCCAUUAGGAAUUAUUGAUAGUCCUUUAAUCAAAUUAUCUUCAAACAUUAUAUUACGUUCCACUAUAUGAUUUAGAAGGACUUAUUGAUUUUCAAAUCAUUAAAUGACAAAGCGCGUGUCUAUGUUUUCUGAGUUAAAUUUCAAAGCAUAGUAAGUAUAAAUUCAGGGUUUCGAAACAGGAAAUAUUGUUUUAACAAAAAUAUCAUGCAUGAUCGAGGAGUUACCUAUGGCUGUUAUGAAUAUGUUAAUUGGUAUCAUUGUAAAGUCGUGAACUUGACAUUUUGGCCCGUCGUCCUCUCUGGAACGUCGGACUUGAUUACAGACACGGAACAGGCCACGGGAUCGGAAUGUACUAAGGUGUCCAUGAAGGUCCAGCGCGUAUAGGUAUGAAUGGCAGACAACCUUCGUAUGAUUCGCCAAUAGAAGAGGGUCAAUUAUUUUCUGAUGAACCUGGAUACUAUGAAGACGGGAGCUUUGGUAUACGGUUAGAAAGUAUAAUGGUAGCCAAGAAGUUUGAUUUGAAGUACAAAUUUCCUAAUUCGGAAUUUCUUGGAUUUGAAACAAUCACUAUGGUGCCGUUUGAACCACACCUUAUAAAGUAUGGAAUGCUGACCAAGGAUCAGACCGAGUGGAUUAAUACCUAUCACAAAACAGUGCAGGAUACCAUAGGUCCAUUGUUGAUAAAGAAUAACCGAGAGGCUUAUGAUUGGUUAGAAAGACGAACAAGGGAGAUCACUCACAGUGUUAAUGCAGCGGCCAAACAAUUUCAUAGUUUCUCUAAUCCUGUAUCUGUGUUAACGAUGUAUAUAUCGUUCCUUGUAUUGCUCACAAAUUGAUGAUUUUUAAAUUGAUGGGCUUAUCUAAUAAUUAUUAUAGAUGUAAGUGGAAUUUUUGUGUAUGAAUGGAUGCUUAUUCCAACUUUUGAAACCUGUUUGAACACGCAGAGACGUACAAUUUGUAUUUGUACCAAGGUCCAUUUGAAUUUAUGAAAUGUAAUUGUAAAUAUAUACAUUCCAAGGUAGUAUCACUACUAUUAAAUGACAUGUAUAGUGCA